AAGUUGCUGUUGUAACCCCCGGAGAACCGCAAGUAAUAAGCAUCGGUGAGGUCGCAGCAGGCAAGAGGUGGAUAUUUUGAUUGAGAUCAGCUGCAGAGCAGGAGUAAGGCAGUGGUAGUAACAGAAGUAUCACGUAUAUUAUCCAAGCAGUGAUGGUUGCCAUUGAUGAGCAGCUGGGUGAGAUGGACUGCGGGAUGCUGAAACGCCUGCUACGGGACGACAAAGCGAAAUGCCUGCUCCUGUUGGACUGCCGAUCGUUCCUGGCGUACAGCGCUGGACACAUUCAGCACUCCGUUAACAUCCGCUGUAACAGCAUCGUCAUGCGGCGGGCUAAAGGUACCGUGAGCCUGGAAAAGAUCCUGCCCGCUGCUGGGGAUGGCAGUGAGGCGGACGAGGUGCGCACAAAGCUACGCUCUGGGCUCUACUCGGCGGUUAUUGUGUACGACGAGAGGACCCCCCACUCCGACUCCCUGAAGGAAGAUAGCACCAUGGCGGUUGUCCUCAACGCACUGUACAGAGAUACGUAUGGAGCCACCGAGAUCUGUCUCCUUAAAGGUGGCUAUGAAAGGUUUUCAGCAGAGUACCCAGAAUUCUGUGCAAAAACUAUUUCCCAAGUUAGUGGUUCAUCAUCAGCUGCUGUGGAAUCCGUAGAAAAUAAUUGUGCCUCGUGUGGGACACCUUUACAUGACCAGGGUGGCCCAGUGGAGAUCUUGCCUUUUCUGUACCUUGGCAGUGCGUACCAUGCAUCUCGAAAGGACAUGCUGGAUGCUUUGGGAAUUACGGCCUUACUGAAUGUGUCUUCAGACUGCCCUAAUCACUUUGAGGGGUACUUCCAGUACAAGUGCAUACCGGUUGAAGACAAUCACAAAGCUGACAUCAGCUCUUGGUUCAUGGAAGCUAUAGACUUCAUAGAUUCAGUAGCAGCUUGCAAAGGAAGAGUAUUGGUUCACUGCCAAGCUGGCAUCUCACGGUCUGCCACAAUCUGCCUGGCCUACUUGAUGAUGAAGAAACGUGUGAAGCUUGAAGAAGCCUUUGAGUUUGUUAAGCAGCGUCGCAGCAUAAUCUCCCCCAACUUCAGCUUCAUGGGACAACUUCUGCAGUUCGAGUCUCAGGUCCUAGCCACAUCUUGUGCCGCUGAAGCUGCUAGUCCUUCAGGUUCAUUGAGAGACUGUAACAAAUCUUCCAGCACAUCUACUGCACCAUUUGUCUUCAGCUUUCCUGUGUCAGUGGCUGUCCACCCAGCAUCCAACAACCUUACUUACCUACCAAGCCCUCUAACAACAUCACCAACUUGCUGAGGCUGCACCAGUAGUUGCUGGUGACUUUCAUAUGAGCUGGAUUAUGGCCCAGUAAGAAGGCUGAUUGGUUCUGCUGUGGUAGACCUGGAAUGUAGCUGAACGUCAUAAGGAGACUGCAAUAAGACCAAGGCAACACACAUGAAACCCCUACUCCAUAAAACAACUGUAUCUAGAAGCAGCAAUAACUUGUGAAUGAUUUAUAAUCUUUUCACCACAGUGGUGAACAGACUUUCAUUUUAGCUUUGUUUUGGAUGAAAGUCAUACCUCAUUUUUUAAGGACUUGAAGUUUUAACUUUUUUAAUCUUCUCAUGUCUUCUAUCAAGUUUGAUCACAUGGAAGCCUUUACCAGUAUAUUUAGAACUAUGUUAAAAUUCAGAUUUAUUUGUAUAUCUGCCAUUAUUUAUAUAUAUGUGUGCACGCGCUCGCCUGCGUGCAUAUGUCUGUACUUUGUAUACCAAACAUCAGAGUCUCCACUGAUUUUAGACAGGGUUGAUUUCUCCAUCUCUUGUUAUCCCUAAUGUCAUAAUGUGGAAAACAGGUUGAUACCAUGCACUUGCCAAAAUGUUGAAUGCAUUAAAAUGUUGUCCCCCCAUGUGUUGUAAAGAUAAUAACAUAUGCAGGGUGGUGGAAAGGAAGAAAUCCUUUUUACUGCAAAUUCCAGGUUUGUGAGGAUGUAGCUUACAAAAUGUUUCCGGUUUUAGUAUUGUUUUCCCUACAAGUCCAUCAGUAUUUUCAGUCCUUGAGUAUUGACAAAUAAACAUCCUACCAGAGGUGGCAGGGCUUUUCUGGAAUCUAUAUUAUUGAAAUAUGUAUUUAAUAUCCCACUACCUUCUGUUCUGCUCAGCUCGCAUGAGAUCAAAACGUAACAGAAGCAGGCAUUCCUAGUCUCUAGUCUGAAUGCUUUCACACGUUUUGAUGCUGUAGAAAAUUAACCGUUUUUACAGAGUAGUUAAAAUGAAUAUGAUAUAUAGGUUUGUCAAAUAUGCACUUUGUCUGAGGAGCAUUUUUUCAUUGCAAGCUUAUCAGAUUUCAGCACUACUGACAAAGCAGUUAAGAAAUCUCCUUUCCAAUGAGAUCAGCAUUGCCAACUGUCCUGAUGUUCCAUGAGUUCUGAUUGGCUGUUUCUUAUUUCAUUAUUGCAUCAUUGUAGCCCCCCACCCCAUAUGCAUCAAUGGCUUCAUUGCAGUUUGCAAGGCAGUCCACUCAUUAACAUAAUAUGAAUGUUUCUGAGCAGCUUUAUUCUAAUUUCUGAGCAGCUUUAUUCUAAUGUCAGUAGCUUGAAAAUUGCUGGCAACUUCACAGGUGCUGUUGUGAGAGAUCUCUGUGCUUCCACUGCUCACCUGACAAAGCAGGUAAUAUUCCUAUAAUCUCGUAACAUUCCUGUAUUCUUAUUUCUAAGCGCCUAAGAUAUCUUCUUCACUUGUAUAGCUGAUGAAUAUCUACUUGGAUGAAAUGACAGCUUUAAACCUUUACAUCUUCAUACAUUUCACAGUUAACUGGCUAUGACCUUUUGAGACUGCAGUAUGCAAAUGCUUUACAGUAAGAAAAGUACCAGAUGGGAAAUCUUGUAAAGCCUACUAGGUUGUAAAUUAAUGAUGUUUAGUAGUGAAUGUGAAGGAAAUUAAACAUGAUUCCAAAACAUGCUCUGAAAAUCAGACUCCAGUUCAGGUAUGGCAGCAUUGAUUUUGUCUUUAACUGCUAAUUUUCUUAUAAGUAUUUAAUCAGAAUCUGACAUAUUAAUUAAUUCACUCCAAUAGAGCACUGGAGGGUUGUUCUCCUAAAUGAUUGUGUUAUAAGCUUUUUGACGAAGUCAAAGUCAGUCCUCAUAUUUCAAACAUAUGUUCAUAUCUCUGUAGCCAAAAGGGUUACUAAAGAAAUGUUAAUGGCAAAUUGUUCAGCACAAACAAAUCUUUACAGGGGUAGUGUUUUAGAUUGUAGGUCUUAAACUGAAAUUUGUACAUCAUAACAAAUGUAGUAAAUAUUAAUUUUAAGACACUUUUGUAAACACCUUACAAUAUGUUGGUAACCACUCAAGCUACUCACAUACUGCUAGCAGCAUUUUGUUCAUUCAUAUGUGACCUUCAUAUGAGGCUAAGCAGUUCUAUCUGUGUUACUUGGUUGUUGAGAUAUUUGGAGAAAUAUGACAAUUGUGAAAAUAUAAGUGGUAUAUGAACAAAUAAUCAGCAGCACUAGAAAGAGUGCAAGUAUCACUGCAGUUGUAUUGUCCAUCAUGUAAGAUGAAAACUUUCAGUAGCUUGUAGGUAAAAUGGUUUUGGAAUUAUUAAUGCAAAUACGGAUGUGCUAUAUUAGAUACCUGAAAGCGUCAGUAGGAUGCAAAUACAUAAACAAUUGUAUGCAUCAUUGGGUUUUGAUUAGCUAAAGGAGAAUCCCUGUUAGCUUUGCCUGUCCUGUCCUUGUUGCCACAGUGUUAUUGCUUAUCUGGAGUCCAGUAUGUAGUACUUCUGUUUCAGUACCACAAUAUAUACUACUAGUAAUUUAGGACUUCUGUGAAGCAUGCAGAUUCAGCUUUUGAGUAAUUGUGGCCUGCAUUCAUGAUUCUCCCUUUUUCAAAGAGAAAUGAAUUUUGUUUGUUUGGCAAGUGAGGGUAAUAACACAACAUGAUUUUUCCAGUGAAAAGUUUUCAAUAGCAACCAAAAGUAAUUUUUUGAUCAAACUUGUUAGAACUGUCAGGUUAGGCCAGGGAUAUCGGGAUAAAUUGUUUCAGCUGCCAGCUAAUAUACUGAUGAAAACUUUUUAAUGGUUGACAAAUAAAUCUACCUUGGAAUGCCAAACUCUUUAGGCAGUUGGCUUCUGCAAGUCUGCACUGACUAGGUUUGAUUCCCUUGAUUCUUGGACAUCUGAUCAUGUAAGACAAAUCUUUUAGUAGAGCACUUUUUGAAGUGAUGCAAUACUCUGAUGCCAUUUUAGAGGUCAUUGUUCAUUUUGAUAUUUGCACAGUAUUUAUCAGUCUUUACUACUGACCACAUGGUGGUGGUUGAUGCGUCUCCCAAAGCAACUGCUGCCACUCAGUUGUAAGUGGAGAGAGCAGGGUGGGGUGGGCAGGGUCAGCAUUAGAAUAAGAACAAUGCAAUACUUUAUAUUUAUAUUUUGUAAAUAUUGUCCACGCCUUUCAAAGCAAUACCAUUUAUAAUAAUGUAUGUUUGUCUUUUCAGACAGUUUGUCAUUUUAUGUGUUUUUAUUUAUUGAUCACAUGCUCAU